AUGGGUUUGACAAAGAAAGUGCUCUCUAGUACUAUAAGUGAUAGGCAAGCUGAACAAGAGGUCAUCAAAUUUGUGAAAAAGCAUGUUGGUAAUGAAAAUCCACAAUUAGCUGGAAACUCUGUCUACGUUGAUUUCCUUUUCUUAAAGAAGUACAUGCCAGAUUUGGCUGCUCUUUUCCCUCAUGUACUUGUCGAUGUCAGUAGUGUCAAGUCUUUAUGCACCCGAUGGUUUCCCAGAGAUAAAAACAGAGCUCCUGCAAAGAAAAACAAUCACAGAGCCAUGGAUGAUAUAAGAGAAAGCAUCAAGGAGCUUAAGUACUACAAAGAAACCAUAUUUAAAGCAAACAAAGGUAAGAGGAGAGGUGAGGUGAGGUUCGAGUGAAAGGGGAUAUUGAGAUUGUCGUUUAGGAGUCAUUCGCUUGAAUGUUUUGGUAUUAUGAAACCUAG